AUGCUGCAAUUUGAUUAAGAGAAACCAAUAGGAAAUUAAUAUAAAAUUACUAGUAAGCUUGGAAGUGGAUCAUUUGGUGAAGUGUUCAAAGGAGUAAACACUGAAACUAAUGAAGUAGUAGCUAUAAAAUUGGUAAAAUUUGAAUUUGAUUAAACCUUAAUUAGGAAAGUUAAGAAGCUUAGAUGCCAUAAAUAAAACAUGAAUUUUAAAUAUUAUCUGCAAUUUAAGGAAAUGGUAUAUUUAAUUUCUUUUCUUAAGGUAUUCCAAAAGUACACUGGUUUGGGUAAUGGGAAGAUAAAACUGUGAUGGUUAUGGAAUUAUUGGGCUAUAAUUUAGAAUAGCUAUUCAAUUUAGUGAACCGAAGAUUCGAAUUAAAGACUAUGUUAAUGCUUAUAGAUUAAAUGGUAUUCUAAUGAAAAAGAUCAAUUAGUUUUUAGAUAGAUAUUAUAUCUCUCCUCCAUUCAAGAGGAUAUUUAUAUCGCGAUGUAAAACCUGAAAACUUCUUGACGGGAAUAAAUAAAAAAUAUAAUACCAUCUAUAUAAUUGAUUUUGGUUUGUCAAAAAAAUUUAAGGACAAAAAGACAGGUGAACAUAUUCCUUACAAGGAGAAUAAAGGAUUGAUUGGGACUGCUAGAUAUGUUAGUCUUAAUACUCAUCUUGGGAUAGGUAUUCAUUUAUCCAUAGGGUAGAAUAAAGUAGAAGAGAUGACAUGGAAUCUUUGGGAUAUUUAUGGUUAUAUUGUUUAAAAGGAUCUUUACCUUGGCAAGGACUUGAUGCAACUAAUAGGGAAGAGAAAUAUGAAUUGAUUAAGACUAUUAAAUAAACAAUUUCAAUUGAAGAUCUGUGUCAUGGAUUGCCAAAAGAGUUUGUUAAGUACUUCCAACAUUGUAGAUAACUUAAAUUUGAUGAAGAACCUGAUUACAAGAGGUUUAAAAUGUUAUUUAGGGAUUUAUUUUUUAAAUUAGAUUUUAUCUGGGAUUACUAAUUCGAUUGGAUUGAAUCGCUCUAACAAGAAUAAAUCUAGUCCAUAAUCCAUACUAAAUUUAGCAGAAACUCUUUAUCAAGCCUUAAAGGAGGAAGUAUUUAAAUUUUCCAAUAUUUAGGUCAAAUACUUAAGACAGAUGAAGAGGAUGAGGUUUAAGAAAAAAUUGAAUUUAAAAUUGGAGGGGAUUCAUAAUUGAACUAAAAAAAUAUUAAACCUUUAAUAAAUUUAGAUAAACUUAUCAGCAAACCAAAUUUAUUUGAAAGCAUCUUCAAAUGA